UGUUGUGUAUCCAGGCGUGUUUGUAGUGAAACGAGAUCCAGCCUCGAGAUCUGAUUGAAGUAGGUGGUUCUCUCACAGCGCGGUAUUGUACCGAGUGUUUCAUUACCAGAGCUGCAGCCAGCCGGGAGCAGCGGGCAAAAUUGUACUUCAAAUCACUCGGAUUAUUAAACCCGCGGCAACAAUUGAAACAUUGAGGGGCCGUUCUCGUUUUGUUUGGAGGAGGUUCCAGCACCCUGCGGGGAUGUUUAACUGGAGUAGUAGGGUUUCUAUUACGCUGGCAUCGCCGUGCGCCUCAGUAGGAGCAGUUUACUAUAACUUUGGGCUGGAGGUGGUUCGCUUCUCGCGAGUGAGAGAGACCAGUGCAGGCUCGUGUAGCCUUACCCCAAGCCCGCUACUAAACCUGAGACAGUUGGACAACAUCUCGGCGCAAAACGGACCUACAAUUCCAAAUUUAACCGGUUUCUUUUAGCACUUGACAACAUCUGUAUAUUUUUGAUAUUUCCAAACCUGAGGAUUUUUGAAGAUAUUUAAUUACGAGUAUAUCUUUAGGCUAUUUGGGGAAUUUAUUUCCAAAUACUUUUAUUUGUAUUUUUUAUUAUACGCAUCUGUUUUAUUUUAAUAUUUUAUGAAAUUAGUUUUUCACUUUAUUUGGAAACAUUUUCUAACCCCUGCACUUGUUUUGGGAACACGAGCGCUCCUUGACGCGACAUGAGGACUGUCGCCUGGCUGUCCGCACGGCAUUGUCAUUGUAAUUUUCACGUGUCAUGUCGAUAUUCGGAUGCCGGAGGACACGGGAUGUCGUUUAGCAUUUUGACAAACUGAAGGUUAUGGUCUGGAACAAAACCAAAUGAAGAACGCUAUAGUAGCCUGAAUGGGGGCAAUUAUGCUGGAGUCCCAUAUAUUCUAGGGUUUUCAUUCGCACACCAACCCAUGGGGAUUUAAAUAUUUAUGUAUAUGUAUAUUCUAGCAUACAAUUUCCUUUUUUUAACGUUUUUCUUCUUCUUUUUUACUGGACCAAUUUUAGGAUGUUGUUGUAUUGCUGCUCGAGCGCCUUGAACUUUCUUUUAAGUUCACCUGCAGCUUUUUAUUCGUGUUUUUACUGUUCCAAAUGCCACAGUCCUCCUCGCCUUUAAUUACAGGUACAGAAGCCAGCUGCGAGAACGAAGGAGAGGUGCUCCACAUACCCAACAUAACGGACAACCCGUGCAUCACCUGCGUCUGUCUGAAGGAGAAGGCAGACUGUAAACAGGAGAAGUGUCCCCUGGUGUCUGAGGACUGUGCUCUGGUUGUCAAACAGACAGGAGCCUGCUGUGAGAGAUGCAAAGGUUGUCAGCUGGAUGGAGAGUCUUAUAAUAGUUCUGUCUCCUGGACCAGCUCCAUCAAGCCCUGCAUCUCUCGCCGCUGUCAGGAAGGUGUCGUAACUGAAGCGGAAGCACAAUGUGUCGUUCACUGCAGGAACCCCAAGAUUCACCCCAAGAAGUGCUGCCCAACGUGCCCGAGCUGUAUCUUGGAGGGCCAUCUGUACAAAGAGAGGGAAGAGUUUCACCCUGAGGGAAAACCCUGUAUUAAAUGCACCUGCACUGGAGGGCGUACCCUAUGCGUCAGGGAUGUGUGUCCUGUCCUCUCAUGCCCCGCCCACCUGAGCCACACUCAGCCCGGACAGUGCUGUCCCAAGUGCCUCGGUCAGAGGAAAGUGUUUGACCUAUCGAUGGGGAGUUGUCUGUUCCACAGUGAGGUCUAUGAGGACGGCACCUCUUUCAAACAUGACAACUGCACCACCUGUACCUGCAAGAAUUCCACUGUGGUGUGUAGGAAGCGCUGCUCUCGGCCGGGCAGUUGCCAUGGUGACCAGUGCUGUGAGGCGUGUCUGUCCUUUGUGAAGGUAGCGGAAGUGAAGUACUGCCGGGCCAGGAACAAGUUCUACCGGGAGGGAGACAUGUGGUCGUCUGUGAACUGCACUCUGUGUGCCUGUGUCAAGGGGGCCAUCGAGUGCCAGCCAAAGCAGUGUGUGCCAAUCACCAGCUGCCCCUCGAAUAAGAUCCUGAACAGGACAGGCUGCUGCCCGGUUUGCACUGAAAAGCCAGGCGUGUGCACUGUAUUCGGCGACCCCCACUACAACACCUUCGACGGGCGCACAUUUAACUUCCAAGGAACCUGCCAGUAUGUUCUAACUCGAGACUGUGGUAGCGCCCCCUCUGGCGGGGGUGGAAACAGCGCUGGCUCUGACUCUGGCUUCACGGUUGUGGUGAGGAACGAUGCGAGGCGAACCCGCUCCUACUCCUGGACCCAGUCAGUGGAGCUGAGGAUAGGAGGGCUGAGUCUCAGCCUGCACCAGCACCUAACGGUGAGGAGGAACGGCACACGCAUCGCCCUGCCCUACCAUGGCCCUGGGAUCCACAUCGACCUGGAUGGAUACCUGCUCAAACUCACCACCAUUGCAGGUCUGGAGAUCACGUGGGACGGGGACAGCUUUGUGGAGGUGGUGGCUGCUCCUCACCUGCGUGGUCGUCUCUGCGGCCUCUGUGGGAACUACAAUGGACACAAGCGGGAUGACACCAUGGGCAGCGAUGGCCUCUUCAAAUUCGUGGUGGAUGAGUUUGCAGAGUCGUGGCGCGUGGAGGGGAACGAGGUUUGUGCCCAGCCCAUCAGGAGGCCCAUCUCGUACCUCUGUCCCGGCAGUGUAAAGAUCAGGUUCCGCGCUCACAGGGAGUGUCAGAAGCUCAAGUCCUGGGAGUUCCAGAAGUGUCACCAGGUGGUGGACUUUGCCUCCUUCUAUAGGUCCUGUGUAACAGACAUGUGUGAGUGUCCGGUGCAUAAGAACUGUUACUGUGAGUCCUUCAUCGCCUACAGUCGGGCCUGUGAGAGGGAGGGAGCCCCCUUCUACUGGAAGCCAGAGGCUGCCUGCAUGGCCACCCAGUGUAAACACGGAGCGGUGUAUGACACCUGUGGCCCGGGCUGCACCAAGACCUGUGACAACUGGAAUGAGAUCAGGCCCUGCCACAAGCCCUGCGUUGCCGGCUGCCACUGCCCAGCCAACCUGGUGCUGUUCCAGGGCCGCUGCAUCAAGCCCACAGCCUGCCCUGGCCGGUGACCCUAGUGCCCCAGGGGAAGGGGGCUGAGAGAGCGCCAAACAGCCAACACUGCCUAGCACUCAGGGUCCAUACCUGUGGGGGGGACAUUGGGGUGAGUGUGGGGUGAUUAAUGGAUUUGCAGACAGGCAACGAUGGACUGAAGGGGUUCUCAGAAGACAGGUGGAGGCCUCAUCCACUCUGAGGGAGAUAGAUACCGGCCAUCACAAACUGGGGUUUGGAACUCCGCUGUCGGCUGCUCUUACUCGUCCACCACUACCUUGUGUUUCCACAGGAUGGCGCCCACGUUGUCAUUCAAAUGGGAUAGGAAUCUGGAGGGAAACAUCACCCCUGUAGUUAAAAGAGGAAGAGACCCUUUGGGAAAGCCUUUGUGGCUACGCUUCUUUAGUUACUGGACACUCAAGGGACAUUCAUCCAGACUGUCAUGGACCUUCAGGAAAAGGGUGGGGCUGGCUCUGUGUUGAGCCAAUAUGGCCUCAGUGUUUCACUCUGUUGCAGCACACAGACAUUCAAAAUCAGGAAACCAACCAAUGCAUCUUAAACAAGCAUGUUCACCCUGCCAGCAUAAGAGAUAAGCUCUAUGAUGAAUAUAUUGAACAACCCCCAGGUAUCACGUGCAUAAGAUUAUUUUAUACUGUAAACUAAAAAGACUUGCAUAAAAACAGAUAGCUUUUUGUAUGAUUAUUGUUGUUGAUAUUGUUAAUUUAUAUAGCGAUCAAUAAAUAUGUUGUAGCAAGAGCCAGAAUCAUACAUUUAAUUUUGUUAUAAAUGAUUUAAAGGGAAAAAAGCUAUUUAUGUGUUUGUGUAAUUGUGUCUUGUGUGAAGAGAAAUGCCCAUAUGUGACUCGGUUGUUGCAUCAUCGCAGGGAAGAAACGUACUGUAUUUUUAAAUGCUCAGUGUACAGGUUGUUGUGUGUUGAUUCUCAAACUGAAGGUGUUCCUCAAGACGUACAUUUAACUUGACCUUGUAUUAUUUAAGACCAGCAAUAUAUAAUUUCCAUGAAACUCAUCGCUGACGGUUUUCUUCCUUUAUUUUGGUUGACUGAUAAAAAGUUCAUUCCAAUUUAAAUAGAUGUGUACACUUUAAUAAACCUCAAAGCACAUAAAACUAGAGAUAGAAGUCAACCACUUUGAUAAAUGUGGCAAGAGAGGUUGUACUAGGACAGUAACUGUAUGGGUCAGAAAUAACACUGGAUGCCAGAGAGACACAAAUUGGAAAUAGCGUUAGCCAUCCAAGUUCAUGGUUCCAAACUGCUGUGAAAACAAAACAUAUUACAUUUGUAUACCCAUCGCUGUAUACCCAUGUCCCAGACACACAACAGCACCAGUUAAAUACCAUUUAAGCACCUUAUGAACACACAUCCGAACUGGGCACAAACUGGUUGAAUCAAUGUUGUUUCAACGUAAAUUUGUCAAUGUAUUGUAACAUGGAAUCUAUGUGGAAAAUAUAUUGGAUUUGAAAAAACUAUUGUUUUGAGGGUGAAAUGUCAACCACAGGAUUAUGUCAUCGUUGUAACCCCUUUUCAACAAAAACAACCCUUGUGUAAAAUAUGUUGAAUUUGUACCUUUGAAACAACGUCAGAUCUUCAACGACAUAUCCACUAUCAGAAGAAAAAACAAUAGGCUCAGCAGCACCUUCUAUUGGAGAGAUGAUCUAUAUACAGUUAUUCAUUUGGUCCCUCAUCCAGGGUUUUAACCAAGCCCAUUCCUGCUUAGCUUUGAUAUUUGUCACCAAAUAGCACAAUUGAAGGAGAUGUAUCUUCUGAUUGGAUAGUUGCAUCUGUGCCACUGACUUAGUCUGGCUUUAAUUCCAGUUUGUCUACAAAUGAAUAAUUGAUAUGUUGAAUUCAUGUCUCCAUCUCAACCAAAAAUCUAAGUUAAAGAAUAGGACUAAAUCACAUCUAACUUUAAAUGCACUUCAACUUUGAUUUAGUCAUAUUCUUUUAUUUUGAUUUUUGGUUGACAUAAAUUCAUGUAGACAAACUGGAAUUAAAGCCAUACUAAGUCAGUGGCAAAAAAGAUACAUCUCUUUCAAAUGUUGAUAUUUGGUUGUGUUGACAACCAAACACAAUUCAAUAUCAUUUUUGCAAUACAGUAAAUAGCCUAUUAAUUUGACGACAAAUUAUGUUGGAUUCACGUCUCCAACUAAACCAAAAAUAAAAGUUAAAGAAUAGGAUUAAGCCAGUGGCUCAGCUGAAACCAUCCAAGCAUUAGAUACUUUAAAAUGUUGAAAUUUGAUUGACUUUUGGAAUACAGUAAAUAGCAUAAAGUUAAGGCUAUUUUACAAACUAAUGUAAAGGUAUUUAUUCAACCUUAAAAUGAGUAACACACAUCCAUGGCCAAAUUUUGAGGUUAGCCUACAGUAACUAUAAAUAUCUUCUGUUAUAAUAGAAAUUGUGCAUGUUCCAAGAUAGCAUGAUAACACAGCAGGUUUGUGGUGAUCUUCACAAUUGCUAUAAUAAUCUGCGCAGAUUCUAGCGCGCUAUUGAUCACUGUCACAACAGUUGCUAAAUUAAAAGAUGUGAUCCAAUGUGAUUGCUAUCACUCCAAAUCUGUUGAAUCUAUGGAACUAAUGAAAAAACAAGUGGUCAAUGUAUAGCAGCUGUUACAUGUUAUGAGUAACUCAGUGUAAUGAAAAUAGACUUAGAUCUAAGUAAAAAUAGAUGUUCAGCGUCUGUAUUCUAAAAACUACUUGUUUUGCUUCUUUGGUACUUCUAAAAAUGUCUACACAGGUCUGAAUCGAGCCCAGUGAUAUAUGGUUGGGAACUUUGGACAGUGAUAUAUGGUUGGGCCAGUAACCAGGUUUCCAUCCAACCUUUUUAUGCGAGUAAAGUCAGAUUUAAAAAAAAUGCCACAACAGGCCCACAUUUGUGGGUAAACUUUCCAAAUUUCGACAAAACUAAAUACGCUAGACAAGGUGGGAUCUUUUUCUGUCUGUAAAAUGAAUUAUGUGAGAAAUAUCGGUGGAAACGCAUUUAUGUGCAAAUAUUGAUGUAAUAACUGUCAUAUAGAAGUACAUUUGGAGUCAUGUGAUAUUGUGUGGUCCUCCCACUACGACUCAGGAAAGCUUGCAGUUUAUUAGGCUAUAUGAAAUAAAUGAUAAACUUCACAGGGUGGUGAAAGUGCACGGUGAUGAGCCUUUCCAAUAAAUAUCGAGGGUCUUAUUCUGGUGACAUGAUGAUCGAUGCUUGGCUGCCGUUUGACAAAUACAAAUAAUCACGCUCUUAUCCGUAAUAAUCGCAUCAUGUAGACUAGCCUACCUGCAAAACAGCAAAAGUUAUUUUUAUGUGCACUACGUCAUCACGCACAGACUGUUAUCCGCAACAAGUCAAUGUGAUGGAAACAUCUCUGGUGGGAAUGUGCACAUAUUGUUUUAAUGCGGAUUUUAGAAUAUUUGCAUGAAAAUCUGUCACCAAUAGGAUGGAUACCUAGCUAUUGAGUGAGACAGAAUCAGAAAGUCAAAUGAUUGAUGUGGAAAUAGUAGAAUAUUAGCUAUAAAGGGUAUGGUGAACUCAAAGUACUGGGUGUUAGUUGCAUUUAAAGAUCAGAAAGGUGCUGUUAAAAGCAAUGCAAAAUAUUUUAGGGGGAAACUGCUGAAAGUGUUGAUAUUACAAUUAAACUAAAGUGCUUUGACAUGUAAAGGAUUGACCCCGGCUCAUUUACAUGUUACUGAUAUUUACCUGUUCACCAGAACAGGUCAAUAUUCCAACUAAAACCUUUAAGUGGUCAAUUGAAACUUUAGAAACUGAUUUGACAUAAAAAAUAUGAGUAUGUCCUUUUGUAUCAUCUGUAGCUUAGAUCGAUGUGAGCUGUACCCUGGCCUCGUCAAAGACUGAUUUUUGAAAGUGUCAUGAUACUGAUAAAAACAUGGAAUGGG